CAGGCGGUGCGCAUCGAGAACCUGGCGCUCAUGUCGCAGCACGGCUGUAACGCCUGGAAGGUGUACAACGAACAUCUGGUUCAUAUGAUAGAACAAGCCCAGAAAGAGCUUCAAAAGUUGAGGAAAAACAUUCAGGAUCUGAACUGGCAACGAAAGAACAUGCAGCUCACAGCAGGGGCCAAGCUCCGAGAAAUGGAAUCCACAUGGGUGUCUCUUGUCAGUAAAAACUAUGAGAUUGAACGAACUAUUGUGCAGCUGGAAAAUGAAAUCUCACAAAUCAAACAGCAGCACGGGGAGGCGAACAAGGAGAAUAUCCAGCAAGACUUCCAGUGA